AUGACCUUAAAGCUCUUCAAGUAUGCUCUUCCUCAAUCACUUCCCAUUCGUUUUCUUGGUAAUCAAUUCAAAAUUUCUUCAAGAUUCAUGUGCGCCGACAAUAAACUUGAUAAAUUGGUAGACCCACUAUUGAAAUUCCCAGAAGAUGAAUAUACUCCACAAGAAGAAAAUAAGUUAAAAGAAUCAUCUUUUUCAGUUCAAGGAUUGGGUUUUUUGCAAGAUUCAAUCUUGGGUUCAGUUAGCUCCAAAACUGACACUGGUAAGUUUCCAAAUGAUGUUUUCUUGGUGAUAAAUGCUAUUAGGAACGGCCAUGAUGGGUUUGGAGAGAGAACUGAGAAAGCUCUUAGGUUGUUUAGGGAGAAACUCAACCCUGGUUUAGUGGUUGAUGUGUUGAGAAAUAUACAUAACCCUGAAUUAGGUGUUAAGUUUUUUAAAUGGGCUGGUAGACAAAUUGGGUAUGUGCAUAAUGCAUCUGUUUAUGAUGCUUUGUUGGAUUUAAUAGGAUGUGUUGGUGUACCAGAACAUUUUUUUAAUGAUAUAGGAAAAGACGAUAAGGAAGUGCUUGGAAAGUUGCUUAAUGUGUUGAUAAGAAAGUGUUGCAGGAAUGGGUUGUGGAAUACAGCACUGGAGGAGCUAGGGAGGCUCAAGGAUUCUGGUUACAAGCCCUCCGCUGUGACUUAUAAUGCAUUGGUUCAGGUGUUUCUGCAAGUAGAUAGAUUGGAGACUGCAUCUUUAAUAUACAAGGAGAUGUCAGAGUUGAAUUUUAAGAUGGAUAAGCAUACAAUAAAUAGCUUUACGCGAUCAUUGUGCAAAGUGGGUAAAUGGAGAGAUGCCCUUGAUUUAAUUGACAAGGAAGAGUUUGUGCCUGAUACAGUGAUAUAUACUAAUAUGAUUUCAGGAUUAUGUGAAGGUUCCUUCUUUGAAGAAGCAAUGAAUUUUCUCAACCUAAUGCGCACUAUUUCGUGUAUUCCUAAUACUGUAACAUAUCAAGUUUUGCUUUGUGCACUCUUAAACAGGAGAAAACUUGGUCGCGUCAAGAGGGUUCUGAAUCUUAUGUUUUCUGAAGGUUGUUAUCCAGGUCAGAAAAUAUUUAAUUCUCUUGUACAUGCAUAUUGCAGAUCAGGAGAUUACUGGUAUGCCUACAAAUUGCUAAAAAAAAUGGAUGGCUGUGGCUGCCAGCCAGGAUACGUCGUUUACAACAUAUUGAUUGGUGGUAUUUGUGGCAACGAGGAGUUACCAAGCAAGGAUGUGCUAGAGUUGGCUGAAAAUGUAUAUAGUGAAAUGCUGACUGCAAGACUAGUACUGAAUAAAGUCAAUGUGGUCAAUUUUGCUCGAUGCCUCUGUGCGUUUGGAAAAUAUGAGGAUGCUUUUAGUGUUAUUAAGGAAAUGAUGAGCAAAGGGUUUGUACCUGAUGUCAGUACAUACUCGAAAGUGAUUGGUUUUCUUUGUAAUGCCUCCAAAGUGGACAAGGCAUUCCUGUUGUUCCAAGAAAUGAAGCGGAAUGGAAUUGUUCCAGAUGUUUAUACUUACACAAUUUUGAUUGAUAGCUUUUGUAAAUCUGGCCUUAUUCAACAGGCUCGUAAUUGGUUGAAUGAAAUGAUUCAAAAGGGCUGUACUCCUAAUGUAGUGACUUACACAGCUAUUAUCCAUGCUUACCUCAAGCAACGGAAAAUUUUAGAUGCAAAUGAGCUCUUUGAAUCAAUGUUAAUGCAAGGAUGCAUCCCAAAUGUUGUCACUUUCACUGCUUUGAUUGAUGGAUACUGUAAAGCUGGACAUUUAGAGAAGGCUUGCCAGAUCUUUGCCAGAAUGAAGGGGAGUUUAGAUACCCCUGAAGUAGAUUUAUACUUCAAGGUUGAUCUUGAUGGUAAUAAGGAACCAAAUGUUGUUACAUUUGGAGCUAUGGUUGAUGGAUUGUGCAAAGCACACAAGGUGAAGGAAGCUCACAAUCUUUUGGAUGUCAUGUUAGCGGAAGGAUGUGAGCCAAAUCAUAUUGUUUAUGAUGCAUUGAUUGAUGGGUUUUGCAAGGUUGGUAAACUAGAUGAUGCACAGGAGAUAUUUGCUAAAAUGUCAGAGUGUGGAUAUAGUCCAAGCAUAUACACCUACAGCUCUCUAAUUGAUAGGCUAUUUAAGGAUAAACGUUUGGAUCUUGCUGUAAAAGUCUUGUCUAAAAUGCUUGAGAGUUCUUGCCCCCCAAAUGUUGUUAUUUACACAGAGAUGGUAGAUGGCCUUUGUAAAGUUGGUAAAAUAGAUGAAGCUUAUAAACUUAUGUUGAUGAUGGAAGAAAAGGGUUGUCAUCCAAAUGUUGUAACCUAUACUGCAAUGAUUGAUGGAUUUGGCAAAACUGGAAAAGUGAAUAAAUGUCUUGAACUCAUUGAGAGUAUGGGUAAUAAGGGUUGUGCGCCAAAUUACAUAACCUAUUCAGUUGCAAUAAAGCAUUGUUGUGCUGAAGGACUUCUGGAUGAGGCUCUCCAACUCCUAGAGGAAAUGAAACAAAUAAGUUGGCCAAAACACAUGGCCAGCCAUCUUAAGGUUAUUGAAGGCUUCAGACGGGAGUACUUAGUCAGUCUGGGUAUAUUAGAAGACAUGAGCAACAUCAAUUUUCUUCCGGUUAUUCCAGUUUAUAGGCUUCUAAUUGAUAGCUAUCAAAAAGCUGGAAGACUUGAAUUUGCCGUUGAGCUACUUAAAGAGAUUUCAUCAUCUUCACCAUUUCUGCAUCUUGAUAAGAAAAUGUACUCUUCUUUGAUCGAGUGCCUUUCUGUUUCAAACAAAAUUGAUCUGGCAUUUGAAUUAUAUGUGGACAUGACAAAGAAAGGUGCAGUUCCAGAGCUGACAGACUUUGUUAACCUCAUCAAGGGUUUAAUAAGUAUGAAUAAAUGGGAGACUGCACUUGAACUCUCUGAGAGCUUGUAUUACAUGUUACAUGCAUCGAAAUCAACCAAUAUUCAGCUCCUUUAGAGGUCGAGAUAUGAUGCAUUGAGACUAUCUCAUCCUGAGGCACUACCUGCUGUGCACCUGAUAUACAUUCUUGGAGCUGCGCUGGUUGUCAGGCUGCAGUUUGACCUUGUUAUUACCAAGUACCUGGUCCGGCAGCUGAAUGAGCCAGGAUUUUCUGAUCGAGCCGUUG